AUCGUAUUGUGUACGCUGAUAUUUUUCCUUUAGCUUUUUUUUUUUUGACUAUUCUACUUUACGUGAGCAUAUUUAAUGUGUGUCUUGUAUAUUAUAUCGUUUGGUCGUUUAUGAGUGUUAAGUAAAAUUGUGAUCGCACAUUUUUCUUCCGUGUGUUUUUUUUUUUGUUCUGUUCGUGCUCGCACACACUUCACGUAUGACGUUUAUCGUGAAAAUUUACUCAGUGAUAGCGCAGAAAAUUAAACUCUUAAAACAACAAAAACGAAACAAUUUUUUUUAAUCCGAUUUACUGGAUAUAUAGAGUUGACGUGUCAUUUUAAAUCGCGACGAUAUAAACAAUGCGAGAGAUAAUUCAUUUACAAGCCGGUCAAUGUGGAAAUCAAAUUGGUUCCAAGUUUUGGGAAAUUAUCUCUGACGAACAUGGAAUCGAUCCGCGCGGCAUGUACCAUGGCGAUAACGAUUUACAACUCGAGCGCAUCAAUGUUUACUAUACCGAAGCAAAUGGUGGAAAAUAUGUGCCUCGUGCAAUUCUAGUUGAUUUGGAGCCAGGAACCAUGGAUUCGGUACGCAUGUCUCCAUACGGUCAACUGUUUCGUCCAGAUAACUAUAUUUUCGGUCAAUCUGGCGCCGGUAACAAUUGGGCCAAAGGUCACUAUACCGAAGGCGCUGAAUUGAUUGAUUCGGUUUUGGAUGUCGUGCGUAAAGAAGCCGAAGGUUGCGAUUGCUUGCAAGGUUUUCAAUUGGCUCACAGUUUGGGUGGAGGCACCGGCUCUGGCAUGGGUACAUUGCUCAUUUCGAAAAUCCGCGAAGAAUAUCCGGAUCGUAUCAUGUCAUCAUUUUCAGUUGUACCAUCACCAAAGGUGUCUGAUACAGUUGUCGAACCAUACAAUGCAACCUUAUCAGUUCAUCAGCUUGUCGAAAAUACCGAUCAGACUUUUUGCAUUGAUAAUGAAGCACUUUACGAUAUUUGUUUCCGUACGCUAAAACUAUCAUCGCCAACAUAUGGGGACUUGAAUCAUCUUGUUUCGGUAACGAUGAGCGGUGUCACAACAUGCUUACGUUUUCCGGGUCAAUUAAAUGCUGAUUUACGUAAAUUGGCUGUAAAUAUGGUGCCAUUUCCAAGAUUGCAUUUCUUUAUGCCAGGUUUUGCGCCGCUCACGGCCAAAGGAUCUCAACAGUAUCGAGCUUUGACGGUGCCCGAAUUAACACAACAAAUGUUCGAUGCAAAGAAUAUGAUGACAGCAUGCGAUCCAAGACACGGUCGAUAUUUAACCGUUGCCGUCAUAUUCCGAGGUGAAAUGUCGAUGAAAGAAGUUGAUACGCAAAUUCUUGCCGUUCAAAAUAAAAAUAGCAGCUAUUUCGUUGAAUGGAUACCAAACAAUGUAAAAGUGGCUGUUUGCGAUAUUCCACCACGUGGAUUGAAAAUGUCAUCGACUUUCAUUGGAAACACUACAGCCAUACAAGAAAUAUUCAAACGAAUUUCCGAGCAGUUUACUGUCAUGUUCAGACGCAAAGCAUUUUUACACUGGUACACAGGCGAAGGUAUGGAUGAAAUGGAAUUUACCGAAGCCGAAUCGAAUUUGAACGAUCUGAUAUCGGAAUAUCAGCAGUAUCAAGAAGCAACGGCGGACGAAGAUGUUGAAUUCGAAGAAGAUGAAGAGCAACGAUUAAAUGAAAACGGUGGAGUCGACGCUGUAUAUGCAGAAGAAUAGAUUUUUUUUAAUUUCGUUAACCAAAGCAAAAUUAUACAUAGAAAAACCCCAAUCCACAAACACCUGGCAUCAAUAUCCACAUUCGUAAUAUUUAUUAGUUGUUGAGUUUUUCCAGUAAAACAAAAAAAAAAACAAGAAAAAAAUGUAAUAUUUUAAUACAUUAGCUCUGAAUCAUUCUUCAAGAAUAAAAAAAUAAAUAUGACGUACAUUAUC